UGGAAGGAUGCGCUCAGCGGCUAGUUUAUGGCUGACACUGCAAUGGACCUAAAAACCGGUGGACUACUCGUACCACCAACUGUUAAGAAUUCCAGCUGUUCCCAUCCACGCUAUACCAGCCACAAUUUCAUUGCACACAUCGGCAUUGCGGAGACCAUCGAGGCGGUGCUCAUACUCAUACUAACGCUGGGCGUGAUUGGUGCCAAUGCGCUGGUCAUAUUCGUAAUAAACAAUCGUCGCUAUUCACCAUAUAUACAUCAGCAGCCACGUUAUCUACUCACCUCCUUGGCAUUAAAUGACCUCACCAUCGGACUGCUUAUCACACCGUUUGGACUGUUGCCAGCAUUAUUUCAUUGUUGGCCGUACGGCGAGAUAUUUUGCCAAAUACAGGCCUUACUUCGCGGUGCGCUAUCUCAACAAAGUGCAGUCAUAUUGGUCUGCAUGGCUGUCGAUCGAUAUAUGUGUGCGCUGCAUCCGCGAAAAUAUUAUCAGCAUUCUAGUAAAAAGGGCUGCGUUGCUGUGCUGAGCUUAACAUGGAUCAUCAGCUUGACGGUGUUCGGUUUUCUGGUGCUGCCGAAAGGCUAUUACUUCAACAACACCGGCCUCAUGGCCUGCGAACCAUUCUACAGUAAGCCUUCAUAUCGCAUAUUGGCCACCUGCGCACUCUACUUCCCCACCACCAUGGUAUUAAUGUACUGUUACGGCUCGAGUUUUCAUAUGAGCCGUUUCCGGUUAAACGAUCCAACGAUGCCACUAACAGCUGCGGUACAUCAUCCGCAUCUCGGACAUCCGCCGCACUUGUUACAACACUCGAUGCACGGCGGCCAACACAUACAUCAUGGUGGCACUGCUGGUGGUGUUGGUGGUGCUGGUGUUUUAAGUCAUCAUGGCCUACCGCCGGGCACUACAACGCUACCAAAUACGCCUGUAAUGAAUCUCAGCAUGGCGAUGAGUAUGGGUUUAGGCAUGGGGGGGAUGAGUGGCAUGACAAAUAAUGUUACAAAAAAGAUUGUUCCCAUCCAGGAAAAACACUCUGCUGGCAACACAUCACGCUCUAUGGCUGCCAUUUCUCUGGGUUUCAUUGUUAUGGUCACACCGUGGACGAUACAGGAGAUUGUCACUGCCUGCACGGGUUCGAAGCUGCCACCCUUUUUGGAUUUCAUAGUAACUUGGACUGCCUUAAGCAACAGUUUGUGGAAUCCUUUUAUGUAUUGGCUUCUUAAUUCGGAUUUUCGACGGCUGAGUAAACAUCUGAUGCCGAACAUGUGCUUUCCCACCGAGGACACGCCCGAACACAAAUCACCCUGUUGUCACAUCAAUUCUGAUUUUGAAAUCACAACGUUGCCACUGCCGCCGGAACCGCCUACCGGACGGCCACCAAAGGGAGGUAACAGCGCGGACGUUGCCGGUGAUAACAAUGGCAGCGAAGGAGGCAACAGUUCAAGUGCUGGAGGCGGCAGUAGCAGAGGUGGUGGCAGUGGAGGCCUACGUGGUGGCUCAGUGUUGGGUAUUUGUGCGAGAGCACGCACCAACAGCCUCAGUCGUAGCGCGUCACAGCAAGCGCGUAAGAAUAUCAACAGCGGAGGUUGUACCAACAGCAGUCACGGCCAUCACAGUCACAGCCAUCAUGGUGGUGGUAGCGGUUUGAAUUACACAAGCGUGCGGCCUGACAUCGAAGGUCUUUCCGAAAAGUACUGGGGUGAAAUACUCGAACGCACUGUUAGCUCAGGCAGCUUGCAUGCAUUGACGAAGAGCUUCCCACACACAGCGCCGCAUCACUACUACGUACACCACCAACCGAUACAUCAACAUACGCUGCCGCCACCACAUACAGGAACAAUGACGACGUCGUUUAGCAAACACAGCGAAAUGAAUCUCAACUUGGCGUUGGCUGAGCAUGAACGUCACGCGGCGGCGUUGCACGAUGCAAGUGGUAUUGGUGCAAGCGGCGCGCUCAACGCCUAUGAGCUCAGCAAAUUUUCCAGUUCAGAGCCAAAACUUUGCGAACAUAUCUACCAUGAUGCCAGCUGUGCCAAAAAUAAAUCAGCUGCGCUGGGCGGUAGUGGCAUCGGUGACGAUGUCAAAAUGUCAACGGGCAACGCGUCCGCAACAGCGGCGACGGCGAGCGGACGCAGCAUACCGGAUAUUUAGUACGCGGAGAAUGUUAUAUUAGCAAACAAUCAAAUGGCGCGCAUCUGUGCGCGAGGCGCCAACUGUGCUGGGACAAUGGGUGGCGCGGGAGCUGCUGAUGUUAGUGCUGCUGGCACUGGUCGCAGCAACACUUUAACCACAACGCGUGUAGCUUGUCAUAGCCCGCCUGGGCGCAGCAUGUCCGUAUUAGUCGCCAUGCCGAUGGCCGAGUACCGGAAGUAGGCGACGAAAAGUACGGGACGCGACAGUGUUGCAGUUGCAAUAGAGCCGGAAAUGCAGUAAGCCAAAAUAUAGUACCAAGUGAAAAUUUGCGCCAGAAAUGAAGAAUGCCCAGACCGAAGUGGUAAGAAAAUAAUCAGCAUAAAAGCGUGGCUGACAGCACAGAUUACGAGCCAAAAGUAAAAGCAGACUAAGAGCAUUCUGUGUAGUGCUCAGUUGUCUCGUGUGGCGCCACCAAAAUUUCCCGGGAAAUUUGCGGAGACUCAAUAGCUAACCUUUAAGUAA